UUUCGUUCCACCAGCUUGUCGAGCGAGUGAGAUACCCGCUCCGCUACCUCGUUCCAAUUUUUGUUUUGCUUUAUUCUAUUCACACAAAACGAGCAUUACGUUAACAUUCUUCAGGGUAUCUGUCUCCGGUCAAUUGUUUACUAGAUAGUAUUUUGAUUUGUACAGACACUUUUGUUUUCAUCCUCGGUUAUACAUCGACGUUCUCAGGUAAUUUCGAGAUUUCAGUGUUUGGUGUAAAAGUCGACCUUGCUAAAAUCGAUACUGGCGGUGUUUGUAUUUUAUUAUUCGAAUUAUUCCUUGCAGAAUUACCAUUGCUAAAACCUUCAUCAGUCGAAAACAGACACAAAGUGAGUGAGGUUCUUCACUUUUAAGUGUAGUUUAGGUGUUGUUUAUAUUCAAUAAGAUUUGAAACCAUGGAACAAGGAACCUAAGGAUUACCAGCAACCACCAACGUAAUUUGACCAAAUAGUUUUAGUAAUUUAAAAUACUCACCAGAUCAAACCAGACCAAACAACAUGCCAACAGUAAUAUCGAAGUUCCUGGAACAGGGUGAAAAUACCUUCAAUGCGAACAAAUCCGUGUUUUCCGGAGCAUUUAUCGCAGCUGUUCUUUGUACGUACGCGUACAAAGUCGGCUAUCCCUUCGUAGACUCCUUGAUACAUAAACCAAAGGACAAUCUUAACAACAACCACAUAGUUCAAAAAGACUUGCAACGUAAAAAUGGCCUAGUAAAGAACAAGAAACUUAAAGGAAGGCUUAAAAGUAGUAUACCAAACUUCAAUUUAGCCUUUAUUUUACAAUUUAUUAAAUUAGUUAGAAUAAUGAUUCCCAGUUUGAUUUGUACUGAAACAGUUUUACUCAGCGGGCAUACGACGUUUUUGUUUUUGAGGACGUUUUUGAGUAUUUAUGUGGCUAACUUAGAAGGUGCUAUAGUUAAAUAUAUUGUGAUGAAAGAUCCCCAGAACUUCGUUAAGCAACUAGGAAAAUGGUUUGCCGUCGCUAUUCCAGCUACAUUUAUCAACAGCAUGAUAAGAUAUCUGGAAAGUCGGAUAGCCUUGAGUUUUCGCACCAGACUGGUAGACCACUCAUACAAACUAUACUUCAAGAACCAGAGUUACUACAGGGUGACUGUCUUAGACGGCAGAUUAGACAAUUGCGCGCAACGGCUGACAGAUGACAUAGAAACUGUCGCCAACACCGUUUCGCACCUUUACGGUCAAAUAACGAAGCCAUGUUUCGAUAUACUGCUCAUGGUUAUAGCUUUAGCCAAUUUGGUGAAGAGUCGCCAUUCGAAUCUUGUGAUAGGACCUGUGAUUAUUUGCGGAGUGGUGAUGUUUUCAGCUUUACUUUUAAGGUUUGUGUCUCCAAGGUUCGGCCACUUGGUAGCCCAAGAAGCGGAGAAGAAAGGAUAUCUGCGACACGUCCACGGAAGAAUCGUUAGUAAUGCCGAAGAGAUUGCUUUCUACGGAGGCCAUCGGGUCGAAGAAAGUCAACUAAGACAAGCUUUUAGAGUUUUAUCUAAACAUUUGGAACACAUGUUCGGAGUGAAAUUAUGGUUCAUCAUGUUGGAGCAAUUUUUGAUGAAAUAUGUGUGGUCUGGGGCAGGUAUAAUAGUCGUAUCUCUGCCUAUUCUCCUAGCAGCCGGCAAUCGACGCAAAAUCUCCAACAAAAGCCUUCUUUCCAUACCAGACUUUUCAUCCAAACCAGAAUCUCCUAUUGCUGCAGACACAGCCGACGACCAAGUAGAAGACAGCGUAUCAGAACGAACGCACUACUUCACUACCUCUAAGAACCUGUUGAUCACUGGCUCAGAUGCUGUAGAACGGCUCAUGAGUAGCUACAAGAACAUCGUUGAGUUAGCUGGCCAUACGGCCAGAGUGGCCAACAUGUUCGAGGUUUUAGAAGAAGCUAGCAACGGAAUUUACCAUAAGACUCUCGUCGCUAAGAAAGAGAAGUCUGCCGAUUUCGAGAUUGAGUUCCGAGGUGAUCAACCUCUAGCAAAAGGUAAAAUCAUAUACUCGACCAAUAACGAAAUCAUCCUAAAGAAUGUUCCUAUAGUAACUCCAAAUUGCGAUAUAGUGUGUCCGUCUCUAAGUCUUGACUUGGCUCCGGGACAACACUUACUAAUUACGGGUCCAAAUGGCUGUGGAAAAUCCAGUUUGUUCAGAAUAUUGAGCGGAUUGUGGCCUAUUUACGGUGGAGAGCUUCACACUCCUCAAAAUUCAAUGUUUUAUAUUCCUCAGAGGCCUUAUAUGGUAAUAGGUAAUUUAAGAGACCAAGUAAUAUAUCCAGACACUUACACAGAUAUGGUAAAGAAAGGUAUUACCGAAGAACAUUUACUGAAAAUAAUGACAAUGGUACACCUAGAUCAUAUCGUCGAGAGGGACGGAUUCUAUGAAAUGAAAGAUUGGACUGACAUUUUGUCCGGUGGUGAGAAACAAAGGAUGGCUAUUGCGCGAUUGUUUUAUCACAAACCGAAAUACGCUCUAUUGGAUGAAUGCACUUCGGCAGUGUCCAUUGAUGUUGAAAGCUUCAUAUACCAAAGUGCUAUUGACAUGGGAAUUACUCUACUCACCAUCACACAUAGACCUACACUGUGGAAAUUCCACACUCACAUCCUUCAAUUCGACGGUACAGGAUCAUGGGAAUUCAGUCAGCUCAACCACACCAGCAGACUUACCUUAAAGAAAGAAAAGGAGGACCUUCUAAAAUUAGAAAACAACGAAGAGCGAUCAAAAAGACUGGACGAAUUAAACAAAUUACUUGGAGAGGAUUCAUAACUACUUAGAGAUUAGUUAACUGACAAGCAUUUAAUGUAGAUUUAAAAUAUUGAGGAGAAGAGUUUAUAGCGUUCAACUACAUCCUGUCAAAACAUUUAAAACUACAAAUCUUGCCUUUACUAUUUCAGUUUCAUCCUGGUGAUAGUGCUGUGAUAAUUCCAAACAACUUUUCGGACUAUACAAUACCGAUAUAUGAAGGACUCUGAGGAUUUUAAAAGCAAAUUGAAAAUAAGUAAAAAAGUUUUCUUUUCAUUUUCUUUUAUUUCCACAAUUUACGUGUUCAGUAAAAGAUUUGGUAACAUCUAUGCGUCGAUCUAGUGAACUUGGGUAAUUAUUAUGUAUUUAUUCAAGAACUUGGCAACACUGUACGUCAACCUGGUUCAGCAGGUUUGGAGAGUACAAAAAAACAAUGCUGCGAUGAAUUGAAGAACAAUUUGAAUAAUAAUUAGGUUGAGUUUCUUCGUUGACUAAUUUAUUUUAGUUUUCUUGUGAACACUAAGAAAUCUUGUGAUUCUUUAUGAAAAUAGGCAGCAUAUCUCAACUACAAUGUUCUUCAGGUAUUGGUACAACAAUAUGGAACAUACGUUUGGUAGUAGUAAACCAGUAAAUCUCGAAUUUUAUAAUACAAAAUCAUUCGAUUGUUAACCCAGUGUUUACAUGCAAAGUGUAUGUUAACGAUUAUUUGAACAAGUUUAUACAUAAUUAGUGUUAACGAAUGUUUAUGUAACCAUGGAAUAAUUUGUAUUCAUUUAAUAAAUGUGUAUUUAAAUUUGCUGGAUCAUCUAAUAAAAAUUCGAGAACAA